AUGAUGGAAAUUCCCCCGCAGGAACUAGCUGUGCCCUUCUUCCUAAGAGUUAAUAUCAUGCUUGGUGCAUGCUUGAUGCUUGAUGCUUGCGUACAUAUAUACUUACAUGUUACAAAACCCAAGAGAAGAUCUUCAAGGACUGCAAGGCAGAAAUUCUCCUACGCUAUUUUUACCGAGGAGCUUUCAUUCGUCCUGCCAUUGUUCUGUGGUUUGGCACGGAUAAGAAACGGAACACUUUCACCAUACGCCCUCCUUGGAAUGGCAAUCGAAUCGGAUCGAAAUGGAAUAACUGGCGGUUCAUCACCACCAACCAACGCGGGCAGCGUUAACCCCUUGAAUCGACGGAUUCUGAUGAGCUUUCCUGGUUCCACCAUCUACAGAGCAGGAGGGCAUUCCACUCUAUUAUCAAUUAGUGAUGAUAUCCGCCUUGAGGUUUCCUAUAAGCCCGAAGGUGAACACGCACGCCACGAAGAGGCCAUAUUUAAACAGCUGGAAUCUAUGCCAUGCCAAUUUAUAGCUCACUCGCUGCCCUACAAUGGUACACUUCACGAGCGCCUAAACCCGAAUAAGAAGCCUCGCCCUAUACUUCAAUGGAUGCAGCAACUAUCAGAGGCUAUAGCUUGUCUUGAGGCUAUAGGCCACGCGCAUGGCGACAUUAAUUCUGGUAAUAUCAUGUUUACUGAAAACUAUCAUCUCAAGCUUAUCGAUAUUGACCAUGCGCUUAAACUUGGUGAUAAUCUAGAAGUCGGUGACUAUCCCUACUUUCGCCCAGGAAACGCUGAAUCCGGUAGCACUUUUGGCAUUACUAGUACUGACACUGAACAAUUUGCUCUGGGAUCUAUUUUUUGGUAUAUGGUGCAAGGUACGGAGCUCUGGAUGGGGUUAUAUGGGCUGGACCUGGUUGACAGACUCAUCACUCGUACGUACCCAGAAAUGGACCUCGAGGAUCUGGUUAAUCAGAUCAUCAGCGGCUGUUGGAAGGGCAAGUUCAAAUCUAUUAGCCUUCAGCGCAAAACGGCCGUGUGCGAGAGUCAUAGCCUGAUAUGCGAUGCCAUGAGUGAUAUACUUUAUGAUCUUGACGUGCGCAGACCCUUGCGUAGGAGUCACGGCCGUAGCAAAGCACUUUAUCAGAGGACAAUGCUUCUUUUGAUCCCCACACAUGUAGGUAGAGUUGUAUGCGUCCAGCGACUAACUCCAAGCCGAGACUUAUGCCAAGCCACCCUUGGGCCAGUCUGA